UGUAAGCCAUUGGCGUUUUCCUGAAGGCGACAGAGUCGUGCAGUUUUCCACACAGGCUGCGGAACAGAGCGAUCACUGCGCAGUUUUGGUCUAGGCGUAUCUGUUGUAACAUUGGAGAGAUGAAGCACAACUCGAACGUCCCGGCAUUCCUUACCAAGCUGUGGACGCUGGUGGAGGAUGCAGACACAAAUGAAUUCAUUUGCUGGAGUCAGGAGGGCAACAGCUUCAUGGUGUUGGACGAGCAGCGCUUUGCCAAGGAGAUCCUCCCCAAGUACUUCAAGCACAACAACAUGGCCAGUUUCAUCAGGCAGCUAAAUAUGUAUGGAUUCCGUAAAGUCAUGCACAUUGACACAGGCAUUGUAAAACAGGAGAGAGAUGGUCCAGUGGAGUUUCAGCACCCCUACUUCAAGCAUGGACAGGACGACCUGCUGGAGAACAUCAAGAGGAAGGUUUCUAACGCACGGCCAGAGGACAGUAAGAUUCGACAGGAAGACCUGACUAAGAUCUUGGCCAGUGUUCACAGUGUUCACAGCAAACAGGAGAACAUCGAUGCCAGGCUGGCAACGCUCAAGAGGGAGAAUGAAUCUCUGUGGAGGGAAAUCUCAGAUCUGAGACAGAAACAUGCCCACCAGCAACAGCUCAUCAAAAAGCUGAUACAGUUCAUCGUCACACUGGUACAGAACAACCGUAUCCUGAAUUUGAAACGCAAAAGGCCCAUUCUUAUGAACAGCAAUGGAAAGAAGCCCAAAUACAUUCACCAGAUCUAUGAUGACAAAGUGUGUGUGGAACAGUCGUCUGUCAACAGUCUGAAUGGUGUGAAGGGCUCUGAGAUCUCAGAUGACGUCAUCAUCUGUGACCUGACUGAGAACGAUGCCGAGGUGACGGCCGAGAUCACAGAGGGCUCACCCAGGGCCUAUGAGCAGGGUGAUGUGGAAAUUGUGGAGGUGGAGUUGGACAGCUGUGCGGUGCUGCCAGCUGAGACGGAGGUGAGCACCACCUGCACAGAUGACAUCCGACAGACAGAGGAGGCGGCGGCAGACGACAGCCAGAGGAGCGGCAGCCUAGAUGGCAGCGGGUCAACCAGCAGCGCCCUGCAGCUCAAUAAACCCUCCGGCCUGAGUCUGGAGGAUCCCGUCAAGAUGAUGGACUCCAUACUGAACGAGAACGGAGCAAUAUCACAAAACAUCAACCUACUGGGCAAGGUGGAGCUGAUGGACUAUCUGGACAGUAUUGACUGCAGUCUGGAGGACUUCCAGGCCAUGCUUUAUGGGAAACAGUUUGGCAUUGACUUUGAUGCCAUAGAGGAAAGUGUGUCCUCCAAAGAGAACAGCACACAGCUAAACAGAGGCAGAACAGAGGAAAACACAGAUAAGCAGUUGAUCCAGUACACCUCCUGUCCCCUUCUGGCCUUCCUUGAUGGCUGUACCUCCCCUCCAGAGCUGGAUCUGGGCACAGGUAGCAGCAGCGGCAGCACUGGCUCCUCUUAUACCCACCUCCAGCCCUCUUCCAGCUCCAGUGCUUCUGUGGAGACUGAGCCACCCUCGGAGCUGCUGGACACCAGCCUGGAGUCGAAGCAGCCGGCACGCAGCUCCCUGAUCCGCCUGGAGCCUUUGACAGAGGCCGAGGCCAGCGAGGAGACACUCUUCUAUCUGUGUGAACUGAGUCCUGCUGGACUGGAGGCCGACUCCACCCAGCUGGACAGAGUGUGAGCAGCAAGGGAACUUCACCACAGACUGCAUUCCACCAUUCUCCACAUUAUACUGACAGUGUGCGCCAAUAUUCAUUCACCUCUCUGGCCUGAGGGUGCGUGCGUGCGUGCGUGUGUGUUGUGAAGCAGUAAGAGAAAUGAAGAAAGCACCAGGCUGCUGGAAGAACAGCUGCAGUUUGUACAAUGUUCACAUUUUCACAUGUCAGACUUUGCAUUGAGUUCCAGAAACAUUUUUAUCAAAUACAAUAAUAACAGUGGAACAACCUCUGGCAGGUUAAUGACCCUUUAACCCUUUACCAUCAUAAAUGACCAUUAGAAUAAAUGUCUCUAAACCUCCUAUCUCAUCAUCAUCAGACUGCACCAUCAGUAACCCUACACCUUAUAUCAGACCUGAGGUCUGGACUAUGAAGCAAGUUCAACAUAACCAGGAUAACUUUUAGUUAUCUGGUUAAACUGAGCCUAACAUUGUCCGUCCUGAUAACCUGUACUAUGGAGCAGGUUCAGUUAACUCUGGUUUACCUGUCCAGAUACGAGCUCGCUCAUGUGAAAGAGGAAGAGUUGUUAAUUAUAAACAACAUCGUCAAAACCAUGAAUCAAGUAUUAAUAUGAUAUGAGAAGAAACGCUGAUACCUGCUGGUGAAUUCAGUUAUAGUGACAUCAUAAAGUGAAAUUCAACAAGGUGAAACAGAUUAAAGUGAGACUGAGGAUGGACUGUAAAUAACUUUUUUUCCGAUGGUCCUUUCAGGGAGACAGUCAUUUUUCACAUCAAAGUGCCACAAAUAGUUGAGUAACAAAUGAGAAAAGAGCACUUGAGAAUUAAGUUCAACCUUUGGCUCCUUUCUUGUGUCAGCACAGCUGGCCAAUCACAAUGUGAAGUGGGUGUGAAUCAAAUGCUCAUCUACAAGGUUCUUGGAUCCCCAGAACAUUGACUCUCUCCUCUAUCCAUUCAUACACGGAUAUUUACUGCACUUGAUGAAUAAUACCACUGACUCUUUAGUUCUGCCUUUAGAGUGACACCUGAGCAGAAGCAGGCAAGCAUGUCUGAAAAUGAAACCAGGUAAGAGGACUUUACUUUAGGACGUUUUCUUCAAUGCAAAGGUCUCAGAUGUAAAAAUGACACAAACUGUGGCUGGUGUAAUCACAUGACCCAAUCCACACAGCUUUAUCUCUCUCCCGUCCUGGCCAUAGACAGAAGAAGACAUUAGCCUUUGCUCCUCAAUAUCUUCAUCAGUGAAACAGUGCAUCACAUCUGCUCCUACAACAUCAGUGAGGAGACAUUCUCAAACACACUGAACCUAUGUAUAUAUACACCUGAAAAUCUGUUUAUUCUGAGUUUCGUUUAUCUUUUGCUACAUGUCUGUCCACACAGCUUAGAAUCUUCAUAAAGCAACAUUCCUUCAGACAGCUGGGGAUCACUUCUCUUUGACUUGGCAAAGUGAGUUUGUCACAUUCAGUAAAUGAAAGCAUCAUUUUGAGGAGCUGGGACAGAUAGUGUAGGGGAGAUGUGAAGUGAGGCUGUAAACAGUAAGAUCUGUGUGUCAAUCUGAGAACACAACACUGAUCUGAAAUGACUCUGUCCAGCUCUGAUUUCUGUAGAAACAUAACUGAAAACUCUUAGUCCAUUCUGAACCAGGUUCAUGAGGCAAACUCAAGUGUUGUUUUGUCCCUUACCUGUACACAAAAGAAAUGUUGAUGUGAUGCAAAGAUUAGCAGUUUCAACAGUGAGUAACAGAUGGCAACACUGAGCUGGAUAGGUUGAAAUGAGCACAUAAAAUGUUCAGACUUGCUGUUACCCAGGAAACCAUGAACAUCUGGGUCAGUUUUAGUGUAAUACAUAGCAAAGUUCACAUCCUCAGUUUUUUGUGAGUGUGUUCAGUCUGAGACAGUACUGGGAGAAAACUAGGAUGUGUGAGCUGAAUUCACAGUAACAGCCUCAGUUUCCUGAUGUUGUGAUGAAGGGAAGCUUCUCUCCUCACAGAUAUAGAAGUGCCUGCACCCUGUCUCCACAGAGCCACACUUCAGACCUCAGAUGCUCUUUAUAGGCUGCUGUGCAUGUUCACACAGGUCACAUGACUUGUCUGUCAUUUUUGCAACCCUUGCAGUUACAAUAAAGCAGAUGCUACAAUGUUCAUUUGUUGUUCAUUUGGAGGGUCAUUGCUUCUCAUCACUCACACUGGAUGUUGGAACACCAUCCAGUCACUACUGUGAGGCUCCAUGUC